AUGUCUUCUGAUAGUGGAUUACUUCGACGUUCCUCACUUCCAUCACAACUAUCACAAACUCAACAAUCGCUUACAUCAAAUGUGACUACACCUCCUCCUACUAGUACGAAUACAAUAGGAUUAUCUUUAUCAAGUGGAAAUAAUAAAAGUAAAAAGGAAUGUUUCACCUUUGAACCACAACAAUGGCGUAGAUCUGUAUGCAAGAAUUGUUUUCGUACACAACCGGAGCAUAAAUCAUCAACACAACAACAGAUUUCCAAUAAUAAUAAUAAUAAUACUGGUGUUCCAGGUGUCAUCGGUUCCAAUGAUGACAUAAAUUCAACUUUGAAAGCUCAACAAAUAUUGGACAGUGAUGGAGGUAGUGGUGUUGAAGCGGAUAAUGGUGGUUAUGAUGUCAAAUCCCGUGAUUCCUUUAUAAAUAAAACUAAUAAUGGAAUAAUUGGUAAUAAUGCAGCAGCAAGAGCUGCUGCUAGAAAGAUGGCUGUUGGUCAAAGAUAUUCCGACUUAGAAGUACGUAGUUCGCUAAGUGGUCAUGAUAUCAAGAAAUCGUCUGGUAUUGUCAAUCCUACAGGACAACAAUCAACUGUUGGUGUUGUUCAUUCAUCAGCAUCCAGUAUAGAUGCAAGAUAUGUCGAAGAACUUGAAAAUGAUUUUUUCGCUUUAGAAGAUAAACAUGAUCUUUUAAUAAGAGAACGUGAUGAAUUAAAUUCAGAAUUAGAAAUAAAAGUACGUACAAUCAGUGAACUUCAAGCUACACUGGAUCAAUAUCGUGAGAAGGUGACACAUCUUGAAAGACGUUGUGGACAUUUAGAGGAAGAAGUAAAAAGUUAUCGUGAACGUUUAAAACUUCCGGAAAGUGAUCAAAAUCACUCACCUAAUACAACAAUACUAGAUCAACAGCAUAAUGUUAUCGGUUUAACAGAUAUACAUUGUAGUGCAGAAUUACAACAACGUCUUAAUGAAGUUGAACAGUUAUGUCAAGAGGUGAUGGAAGAGAAUGAACAAUUGAAAGAAGAUGUAGAAGAAAUGCAUAGAGAGAUUGAAGAAAUGCAUGAUCAUUUUCAGGAGGAAGAUCGUGAUGCUGUACGAGAAUUGCAACGUGACUUGGAAGCAGCUAACAAAGCUUGUAGAAUAUUACAGUUUAAGCUGAGGAAAGCUGAAAGACGCUUUGAACAAUGUGAAGCUGAACGUGCCAACUUGGAAGAACGUUUAGCUAGACUGGAGUCAGAAUUGUACAGUGAAGCUGAUGUUGCACACAUUCAUAAUUUAGAGGAGGAAUUACGUGUUGCUAAAGAAGUUGGUGUACGUUUAAACAAUGAAUUGGAUUUGUUGGAUGAGAAACGUGUCUAUUAUGAAGAAGAAAAUCGUCAGUUGAAUGAAGAAUUACAAACAUCACAGAAUAGAAGAAUAGCAGUUGAAAAUGAACUUGGUCGGUUAAAAUUAGAAUUUGAUAAAUUGAAAAAUGAAAGAGGGGUCAUCGAUAAGGGACCAUUACAGGUUACUGAUAAAAAUAGAUCUAGACAAGGUGUAUCACUAUCUCGUGAAGCAUCAUUUGAAGAGCAUCAAAUAAUGAGAGAUUUGGAAGCGGCUAGAGAAAGAGAAACUGAUCUUUCAGAACAAUUAAGAUUUGCUGAAGAAGAAAUACGUAAAGUUAAACGGCGAUUGAAAGAAUCGCAAGCAGAAAAUGACAUAUUAUCAAAGAAAAUGGGGAGAAUAUUCUCACUCCAGACGCAGGAUAGUCGAAUAAGCGAACAGACUGGAGUUGAAGGUGCUGAAGAUCAACAUUCUGUGCCACCAACAACACCUUACAAUUCAGCUAUCAAUUCAGAACACACUAAGUCUAUACUGUCUACAGUGGGUAGUCGAAUAAGGGGUCAGGUGAACGCUGGAAAUGAAGGAACUGUAACAAUGAACAAUCGAAAACUACAGAAUUCAACCAAUGUAGAAACAUGUCAAUCAGUUAAUCCUACAAAUAAAGAAAAGAUCAACACAAAUGACUCAGAGUUAAUGAAUUCAAACAAUAUUCAAGAUUCAAUUGAUUUAUCAUUGAACAAAGAAUACAAACAAAAAUUAGAUACAACACUUAAAGAAAAUGAUUUAUUAAAGGGUAAACUACGUGAAACAGAUAAACAAUUGAAACAAAUUAUUCGUGAUGUACGCGUUUUAAGCAGCUUCGAUCAGGGAGAUGGUUGGUUUGAAAAGUAUAAUGAUGUACGUGAAACAAUGAAGGAUCAAGAGAAUGAAAUAUCACAUAUGAAGAAGAAAUUGUCUGAACUACAGGAUGAAAAUGCAAAACUUCGCACUAUUGACAGAAAAUCGGAACAGCAAACAAACAGUAGGAGACAGCGUCCUGUAAACUUACAGUUGAUGAGUCAAGAACUUCUAAUUGAAGAAAUACGACAUUUAGAAGAGGAACUGAAUGAGAUAACAUGUGAAGCAAGUUCAACACGUGAACAAGUGAAUAGUUCUCAAGUUCGGAUCAACUAUUUAGAAGAUUCGUUAGCAGAAUAUCGAAAUGAAUCUGAUAGACGAGAAAGCGAACUCUUAAAGUUUUUAAGUCAUUUAGAAGAAAAGUGUACUGUACUUAAUGAAUUGCUCACAAUAUUAGAAGAACAAAACACCAGUCUUCAAACAGAAAUUUGCAGUCUACUAAAUGUGAACUAUGUCUCCGAUGAUUCGUCCACCAUGACAACCAAGAAGGUAGAAGAAACCUCGAAUGAGUCGGCCAAGAUAGGAGAUACAAAUCAGAAGAUUCGUUGCUUAGAAAAACUUUUAUCUGAAGAACAUCAGCGUACUUUGGUUCUACAGAAGCGUUUAGAGAUAGCUUCUAAACCAAAUGUAAGUGUAGACCGAAAUUCAGAGAAACAGUUGGACUCUAAACGUAGUGAAAUGCUUCAAAGAGAGCUGGAUGAAAAAGAAGAAAUGAUUGAUGCUCGUGAUGAACAAAUUACUGACUUAAAGUCACGUGUUGAACAAAUGCGUAAAAUGAAUGAAGCAAUGCGUGCAUUGAUGGAGAAAGAACCAAAUGAAAACAAGCCUCAGAAAAUGGGUACUGUUGUGGAAAUUGCCAGUUAUAAAAAAGAGAUAGACAGUAUGCGGAAAGAAAUGCAAAUUAUACGUAAUAAUCUUACACAAGCUGAAAAAUUCAAAGAGAAACUGGUCAAAGAGAAUAGAGAACUUCAAGAGGAAUUGAAAUUGAGAGAAGAUUCAAUAUUUGAACAAGAUGAUGAACUAGAAAAACGUAAUAGUGAAAUUCGUGCGCAUAAAUCGUCUAUGGAACAAAUGAAACGAGAGUUGGAACAGACAAAACGUGUUUUAGCCCAAGCGAAAGCUGCAGAAAUCAGUGGAGCAUCUGGUCGGUUAAGCGCUAAAAUUGCAGAGAUUGAAAGAUUACGAAUGGAGUUGAACAAUGCAACACAAGAUUUGAAAGAAACGAAAUCUAGUCAAGAAGAAUGGAAAAGAAUAGCAACUCAGAAUGAAGAUACAAUGAAACAUCUUGGCAAUGAAAUAAUUCAGUUACGUAAUGCAAUAGUGGACAAGGAUAAAAUGUUAACUGAACUUCAUGCUUAUCUGAAAGAGUCACGACAGAAUAAUGAAAGUGUAAAACUUCAAUGUGAGACUGCUGAAUCAAAACGUGUUGAAGCAGAAAAAAGACUUGAAGAAUUAAAAGAAAGGUUAAUGACUCGAGAACAAGAGUUGAAAAAUUUACGUAAACGUAUGGAAGAAGCAGUUCAUAUGAAUGGUAACAACAAUAAUAAUCCUGAUUUCAUUCAAGAUUCAACUAUUACAAACAAUCGGGAUUUAAUGUUGAAUCGACGUGGUUUCGAAGUGGAUAAACUUAGAAGAGAAUUAUCCUUGACAAAAAGAGAAAAAGAAGAUUUAUAUACUGAAUUGAAAAAAUUACGAUAUAAGUUGGACAAACGGCAUACGUCUGAAGAAAGAGGUAGAAAAGAUAUAACUGGUUACCUUUCAAAUUUAAACAUGGGUAAUACGUAUGCCAAAGCAAUCGCAGCUCAACAGCCUACAACAAAAAUCACUCUACUGAAUGAACACAUUGGUAUGUUAAAUCGGGCCAAUGCAGAAUUAAAAGUACAAAAUGAAUCAUUACAUAAUAAUGUAAUCGAUUAUCAACGACGUUAUCGAAGCAUUAAAGAACAGUAUGAAGGGGAACAAGAAGCAUGGCUUACUGAAAGACUUGUACUUGAAUCAAAAGCAAAAGAGCAAGAAGAUCGUCGAACUGCAUUAAUCAAUACCCGAAAGCUACUUCAAGAUACAAGUGUCAAAUUGUUCGACCUAGAAAAGGAGAGUGAAAAGAAAAUACUGAGUUUACAGUCAGCAUAUGAAAAGUUGGAGAAAGAGAAACAAGCAAUAGAGGUUUGUCUUGAUACUAAAUUAGCCCAAUUAGAAGAUACACAAAAAUUGCCUAAAGUAUUGCAAAGAUUUAGUACAAGUUCCAGUAGUACUCGUCCAAGUGUACUAACUUCACAAGCGCGUACUGUACAAUUGGAAAAUCAAGAAGUUAUCCUUAAACUACAAAAUGCUGAAAGAAUGAUUAGUAAACUACGGACUGAACUGAUUGAAUUGAAAGAAUCAUAUGCAACACAGAAUAUUGCUGCUGUACAAGAAGCUGAGGAGGCUAGGUUAGCAAUGGAAAGAGAAUUAGAAGACAUAAAGGAUCGGUUAUUAACGAUGGAGUGUUAUCGACAACAAGUUGAAUUAUUCCGACAUCGUCAUUUUGAACUUGAAGAGAACGCUGAACGUGAAUAUAAAAUAUGGCAAGAAGAAAGGGAUAAUUUAGUUUACCAAUCUGAAGAAGCACGUGUUAUGAUAAAUCAAUGGAGUACACAGAUAAAGUGUAAAGCAAAUAAUGAAGAUGUAAAACCUGAAGACAUUUUAAAUGAUAUUUUAAAAUCCAUGGAGAAAUGGUCUACAGAACGUGAAAGACUUCCAAACUUAAAACGUCGUAUGCUUGAUUCCGUCUCCUCAAUGGAAAGUACGUCAGGUCUUGGUUUAAGUUCAGGUGCAACAAAUAGUCCAAUGGUAACACAAUCGAAAAGUGGUCUAAUGAUCAGUUCAACAAUAUCACCAUUCUCUCCGAGUUUACUACCAAGAGGAUCAUCGUUAACCAUCAAAGAUCUACAUCAAUGGAAUGGACUGGUGUGCAUUAAGUCUUGCCACAGUACAGGAAUUGGCGGUGGCAGUAAUUACAGUCUGAUGGGUAACAGUCGUUGUGGUAGAUCUGUGUCACCUGAAGUCACUGUGAAAAAGAUCUCAAACUACCCUGAUCCAACACUUGGAUUUUUAGUUCGUCCAACUUCAAGACAAGGUUCACAAGACAGUUUAGCUAGUAUAACGGACUAUUCUCUGAGGUCAUUCACUCUGCCAGGUAAACCACCUAUUCGAAGCAUUAUUUCUCCAGCUAGACGAAUGUUUUUCGAAGAUGAUCGAGAGCAUAAAUCCAGUGAAAUUGACUUACAUCGUUCUACUCAACAUCAUCCAUCAAAUAAUGUCAAUUCUGGUAAUACUGAUACGCAAAAUGAAACGAUUAAAACCAAUCCGUUAAAUAUAAAAAAUCCUGAAGAAACAUAUCUGAAACAUGCUACCGAAAUCAGUCAGAAAAUCAAUGAAACAUCUACUCUAAAAAGUGAUAACGAUAAAACGAAAAACUCAAACAAUCCACCAAUAUCUAAUAUAAACAGUAAACGGGGUAGUCAAACAAAACUGAAUGAGGAUUUAGAAAACCAACUGGUACGCAUUCACGUUUAUCGUUUACUAAUCGAUUUACACCAUCAUCUUGACAAAGCACAUUCAGUUGAACCGAAUUCAAGUCAUGACUACAAUAAAGAUGGUGGGGUUGAUGGUAGUAGUACUGGUGACAAGGGGGUGCUGAGUAAAUCUCGAGAGAAUUUGUUCAGUAAAUCCUCAAAGAAGGAUAAAACUUCUUCAACAAGAGCAAUAUCACAAGAGAAAAUGAAGGGCAAGUCACCAGAAAGAGAUAAUUCAGUGAACAAUGCUCCUCAGAUAAAUGAAGCAAUAUCACGUCACGACAAUCCACUUCAACAAUCACAAUCAGUGGUGAAAAGAUCGAAGUCAGUGUCAAAUAUCUCUCCAGCCAUUAUGGCGUUAAGACAGAAAUUUUCUGGUGGAGGAAAAUCUUGA